UUUAAAGAGAGUUUCCAUUCUCCAAACCCUAGAUCUAUCUGUCAUCGUAAGAAAGACAAGCAUGGUAGGCUUCGAAAUCGGCGACGUCCCCUUCAACCCCGACGGUUGGGGUCCACCGGAAUCCACCGACUCCUCCGUCCCCAUCCUCCCUAACCACCCCCUCAACGUCCCCUUCGCCCCCUUCUCCCGCUCCGACAAGCUCGGCCGCAUCGCCGACUGGACCCGAUCCAACCCUAACCGCCCCAACAACAACAACAACCGCUCCAACGACUCCGCCUUCGACUUCACCACCGACGAUUCCUUCGGCGGCGCCCUCAACGCCGACGAAGACUCCACCUUCCGUUUAGUCGACGGCAAGCCCCCACCGCGCCCUAAGUUUGGCCCCAAAUGGAGGUUCCAGAACAACCGGAACCAGCUCCCACAGCGCCGUGACGAGGAGGUGGAGGCGAAGAAACGUGAAGCGGAAAAGCAGCGUGCUCGCCGUGACCGUUUGUACCAUGCCAAUCGCUCUGGAGGUAAUAACCCGAGGCGUGAAGCCGCGGUGUUUAAAUCCUCCGUUGAUAUUCAGCCCGAGUGGAAUAUGCUUGAUCAGAUCCCCUUUUCCACCUUUACCAAACUUUCCUAUAGCGUUCCUGACCCUGAAGACCUCCUUAUCUGCGGUUCCUUAGAAGCCUAUGACAAGACUUACGACAGAAUCACCCCCAAGAAUGAGCGUCGCUUGGAGCGCUUUAAGAACAGGAAUUUCUUCAAAGUUACUACUACUGAUGAUCCCAUUAUACGCAGGCUUGCAAAUGAGGAUCAAGCGACCGUCUUUGCCACCGAUUCUAUCCUUUCCACCCUCAUGUGCGCCCCUAGGUCCGUUUAUUCUUGGGAUAUUGUCAUUCAGCGUGUUGGUAACAAGCUCUUUUUUGAUAAGCGAGAUGGCUCCCAGUUGGAUUUGCUCUCCGUUAAUGAGACCUCUCAGGAGCCAUUGCCCGAGGCCAAGGAUGAUAUCAAUUCCGCUCAUUCUCUAUCUGUUGAAGCUGCUUAUAUUAACCAAAACUUUUCCCAGCAGGUUUUGGUCAGAGAUGGGAAUAAGGUGACUUUUGAUGAGCCUAAUCCCUUUGCUAGCGAAGGGGAAGAGGUGGCUUCCGUUGGGUACCGAUACAGGCGCUGGAAGCUUGAUAACGAUACCAAUUUGGUGGUUAGGUGUGAGGUCCAAAGUUACAUGGAUGUUAAUAAUCAAAAGUCUUUCUUGACUUUGAAUGCCUUGAAUGAGUUUGAUCCCAAGUACUCUGGUGUUGACUGGAGGAGGAAGUUGGAUACCCAAAGGGGUGCGGUUUUGGCAACAGAGUUGAAGAACAAUGCUAAUAAGAUAGCUAAGUGGACCGCACAAGCGAUUUUGGCUAGUGCUGAUAUGAUGAAAUUGGGUUAUGUGACCCGGGUUCAUCCUCGUGAUCAUUUCAAUCAUGUUAUAUUGGCGGUUGUUGGGUAUAAGCCAAGGGAGUUUGCAGGGCAGAUUAAUCUGAAUACUUCGAAUAUGUGGGGCAUAGUCAAGUCUAUUGUGGAUUUGUGUAUGAAGUUGAAUGAAGGAAAGUAUGUUUUGGUCAAGGAUCCACAGAAGCCACAGGUUAGGAUUUAUGAGGUUCCUGCUGAUGCAUUUGAGAAUGAUUAUGUGGAAGAACCGCUGCCUGAGGACGAACAGGUUCAGCCUCCUGUGGAGAAUGCUGCUGAUGAAAAUGGAGCUAAAGAUGAAGUGGAAGCCAAAGAAGUCAAAGCUGAAGCUUAGAAGGCGGAGUAAUGCAUUGCAAAAGAAAGAAGCUGAAGUUUUGGUUCUUUUUGUUUUUUUUAUGACGACCUUAAAUUAAGUAUGUGAUAUUUCGUUUUUUCUUAUGUAAGGAUGGAUAUACUUACCGCCUGUCUCUGUUACCAUAAAACUUGCAUCAUUUGAUGAUCAAACCGGAAUCCAAAGAUAUUUAGUUUCAAAUGAAAGAUGAUUUACCAA